UAGCAAACCCCACUGCUUUCAAUCCCUCUCUCUUUCACUUGUUCUUCUUCUUCUUCUUCUUUAUUUUUAUUUUUAUUUUUAUUUAAUUUGUUUUUGUUUCAUCAUUACAUACAUGUUAGUAUCUUUAGUCUUUGUACUAUUUUCUCCAUAAUUUUUGUAAUUUGUUUGUUCUUUUAUUUUAAAAAAAAUCGUGAAUUUUGUGGUGGUUCUGUUCCAGCGAAGAUGCUCUGUACAGUACACACCAAUAAACCCCCACCCUUCCCUUUCAACUUGCAGUAGGAGACAACCAUUUUAUCUUGCUUUACAGCCCACAAAUACAAAGGAAAAAAAAACCCAAAAAGGAAUUUCACAAUUUCAAAUCAAAACAAAUCAAGAAACAAUUACUACCCAAAAAAAGGAAGAAUUGGGUUCCCUUUUUCUUUUUCUUUUAUUUCUUGUUUAUAUCAAAUUUUCUACUCUGCUUGUUCUUCAUUAUCUUUAUAAAAAGCCCUUUUAGCUUCCCAAGUUUCUCGAAUAAUUCCAAUCAAACGAAUAAAAACAGUAGUUUUUUUUUUCUUUACUUUGCUUGCUGUACAUAUACAUAUAGUAUUAAGUAUUGAACCCUGAGGGAAAGCAUUGUCGGCGCAGGGUCACUUUCUGUCGGCAUUGUCUGUAUCCAACGAGGGGUAUUCGUUUCUAAGUUAUUCAUUCAAUUUUUAAAUUCAGAACUGAAUUUGCAUUCCAAAGCUGUCUCUGUGUUGUGUUUUUUUUUCUUUCUCAUUUGGUUUCGAUGAUUUGGACCUUCCAUCUCGUUUAUUAAAAAAAAAAACCAACUACAACUAUUCCACCAACUUCAUCAACUAUUGCUCACCUCGAUUCCUCAUCACUGCUGUCUCUUUUUGUCUGCCCUCACCAUCCCUUCUUUUUUUUUCACCUUGAUUUCACCCAUUCGCACUUUAUCUUAUUCUGGAUAUCACUCGGUUUCUUCCCCCAAAUCGAGUUUCUUGUUUCUCGCUUCUUUCGAUGUGGGAAUGCGGGUGAUUCUGCUCUUAAAGAGAUCAAUUUGAUUUCUCAUUGCCAAAUGAAUGGGAAUACAGGUUAAAUGUGUAAUAAUUUCAAUCAUAGCUGAAGUAGUUCCAAUACCAGAUGUCAACGAAUCUUGCAGCAAUAUUAGGAGGUGCUGCAGGAGCCGUGGCAUUGGUGGGGAUAGUUGGCUUGCUUAUAUGGUUCUGCCUAUUUCACAAACGGGGUGUUUCAAGAACAUCCGAGACCGGAUCUUCGGAUCCCUCUGUUCAAGGAAGACAUAUUGGGGUCCAGUUGUCACUGCGGGAAGCUAGACGGUUUGAGUUGAGGGAGUUGUCUUUGGCGACCAAAAAUUUCAGUGAUAGAAACCUGAUCGGGGAAGGGAAAUUUGGUGAGGUAUAUAAAGGUUUGCUUCAAGAUGGAAUGUUGGUUGCUAUCAAAAAGCGAGCUGGAGCUCCUAGUCAGGAAUUCAUUGAUGAGGCAUGCUAUCUUUCAUCUAUUCAGCAUCGGAAUCUUGUCACUCUUUUGGGCUACUGCCAGGAAAAUAAUCAACAAUUUCUUGUUUACGAAUAUAUACCCAAUGGAAGCGUUUCCAUUCACUUGUACGGAGUUGGUCAAGUCUCAGCUCAGAAGAUAGAAUUCAAGCAUAGACUUUCAAUAGCUCUAGGUGCAGCUAAAGGCUUGGCUCAUCUCCACUCUUUAAGUCCUCGAUUGGUACAUAAAGAUUUCAAAACGGCAAAUGUUCUUGUAGAUGAGAAUUUUAUAGCAAAGGUUGCGGAUGCAGGACUGCGUAAUUUUCUGGGAAGAAUUGAUGUUGCUGGACCUUCUUCUCAAGUGACAGCAGAUGAGAUAUUUCUUGCUCCUGAGGUGAGGGAGUUUAGACGUUUUUCCGAAAAAAGUGAUGUGUAUAGUUUCGGAGUAUUCCUUUUGGAGUUAGUAAGUGGGCGAGAAGCAUCAGAAUUACCAUCUUCAAACUCCACAGAGAACCUUGUCGAGUGGGUGCAAAAUAGCCACGAUUACAGCAACAUUUCCAGCAGCAUUGAUUCAAGGUUGGGCAGUAGCUUCACAGCUGAAGGCAUGGAGGAAUUCAUAAGGUUAACCGUCCGAUGUUUGGAACCAUCGAGCGAGAGGAGACCGACCAUGAGCUAUGUUGUAGCGGAACUUGAUCGGAUACUCGAUAAAGAGAUGAGCUUGACGACGGUGAUGGGGGAAGGAAGCCCAACUGUGACCCUUGGAAGCCAGCUUUUUAGAGCAACAAAAUAGAAAAAGGAAAAAAAAAAAAAGAAAACCUGUAAGCCUGCAGCAUCCAAAUAUCGGGAGUGACAUGCGUGUGAUAUUGUUGAAGUACAAAUUUUACUUUGAGAUUCAGCUGUUUGUUAAGUGUAUAAAAAACAGCUGUAAUAAUUUUUUUUCUCUUUGUUUUCAUUUUUAUGUUCAUUAUUAUUAUUAUUAUUAUUAUAAUUAUAAGAUAAAAAGUGAUGAGAAAUCUUUGUUGUAAACCAAAUAUUUGUUGUUAAUAGCAAAAUUGGGUUGGUGUGAUUUUUACAUUAA